AUGGUUCACGUCCCAUCAUCAGACCAAGUCUCUAGUAUUGAGACGGAAUUAAGCGAAGAAAAUGUUGAGUAUGAAGGAAGAGUACGAUUUGAAGAAAAUGGAGGAGGUGAUGAAGAGGAAGAUACGGAGGGGAAAGAGAAGAGGCAAAAUGAAGAGGAAGUGAAGAAAACGGCAAUGGAAGGAGAAUUGAAAGGGAAGGAAGCGAAGAAAAAUGAAGAGAAAGAAGAAGCGGUAGAUGAAGAGAAUAAUCGUCAAAAACUCCAAAAACGUUUAGAACAACUUUGCCAAGAAAACGAGCGAUUUCGUUUAGAUAAUCAAAAACUUCAGUAUUGGCUAACUGCUGUAGAAACAGAAAAUGAGUCGAUUGGAGAAUAUGUUGCUUUGUAUAGAUUUCAAAGAGGAAAUGUUCAAAAAAGAAUUGCCGAAAAUGAGGCUAUGCUUAAAGAAUAUAAAAAACAGAAUUUUGAGUUGAUGACCCAAUUAUCAACUAUUUGUAAUUCUUUAAAUUCCUUUUUGAUGACUGAAUGUAUUGAAGUUGAAGACAACCAAAAAUCUGAAGAGGAAAAUAAUUUAAUUAAUAAAGACAGUCAUAAUAAUGAAUUGGUGAAUGAUCGACAUAAACAAAUUGAUAAUUUAAAGAAAAUUGUGGAGACUUUGCAGAAGACAAUGCCAGUAGACCAAAAAGCCUCUUCUGAGGCAACCUGUUCUGGUUCUAAUAGCGGUGGCGGUGGUGCUAAUAAUUUACAAGCCCGUUGUACAGGUUGUGUUGGGUGUAGAGGGGAAAUAACUACCCUGUGA